AUGCGGCGCGAAUCCGUGGCCGCGAUUGUGUGUCAGGUUGUGCUAGGGACGUCAGGAGGGUACAUUAAGCUUACUCUCAUGCCAUUGCCCUCACAAGCAAUGGGCACCAUGCAAGUCGCGAACAUGGGGCGCGAAUCCGUGGCCGCGAUUGUGACGUUCCCACCUCAUCUGGCAGUUGAAGAAGGAACGAUGAGCGACGAAGAAGGCGUCGGCGGCGGCGGCGGCGACAUGAGUGAACACGACAUCAUGAGGACAUUGCGCGCUUUGUCUCGGCAAUCGCAAGACCUUCCACAGACGCUUCGAGGACUGCUUGGGCAAUUCGGGGGUGACCUGCCGAUGAUGUUUGGUGCCCACAACCCGCAAUUCCGCAACCUGCUGGAGAAGAUCCAACCGUCAAACGCGCCGCACGUGCAAAUGGCAAGCCUGUCAGAACUAUGUGAGCAGCUCACGAUGUCGUCGUCGGAAGAGAUGCUGGCGUUGUCGGGGUUUCGAGCCGACGCGUUCGUCCCUGUGUUGGCGACACUCGUGGCCGCGCCCCCCUCCGACUCGAUGGACAUCCUCUUGCUUGCAUGUCGCGCCUUGGCCACGAUUUUGGACGUGAUGCCAUCCGCGGUCGACAUCGCGGUCGCCGCGAACGUCGUCGCCAGCUUGUGCGACAAACUGCUCAACAUCGAGUACAUGGACGUGGCCGAGUUGGCGCUGCGCAUGCUGGAGCGCCUCUGCUCGUCGUCGGCCGGCCGCGCGGCCGCCUUGCAUGAGAAUGGGGUCGUGGCGCUGCUACAAUUCGUCGACUUCUUUGCCGUCGACGUCCAACGGACCGCCGCGCGCACCGCGGCCUUGUUGUGCACGGACGCAACAUCAAUUCCGACGCUGCAGUCGACUGGCGGUCUGCAGCUGGUCCACGCGCUCACGAGAUCGUUUGACGCCGACAUUGUCUACCACGGCAUCGAUUGCUUAGACCGACUUUGCACCUCCCUCAGUGCCCAAGGCAACGACGCCGACUUGUCGAAUACUUUGGUGGUGGUUAUCGACUUGAAUACGUUGGACCACCUGCUGGCACUUCUCGCUACAUACCCCACAACUUCGAGAAUGCCAGACAACAUGAAGCCUGCCACGUAUGGGCUACUGGUUCACAUCUUGUCUGUCGUGGGUCGUCGCGUGUACAGUCGUCGGCUAGUGGACGGAACAUGCGACAGCGUUUCUGUGGUACUGUGUGCGAUGUUGGCGGCUCAGGACCCCCCCAGCGUCGUCCGCGCCGCGCUGCACUUCAUCGACGACGUGAUCGUGUCGUUGAGUAGUAGUUCGUCCGACAAUACACUUUGCGAGUUGGCAGAUCACAUGCUUACCACGAAGCUGGUACCGGCCAUGCUGUCGUCCUUGGCGGGUUUGGCCGACCCGAUGGACGACGACGACGCCGCCGACACGCGCGCGAGGCUCGUGGACGUGCUCACCGCCGCCAUGACGACCGUGUCGCAUCGGGCGCUCAAGCACGUGGAUGCCUUGUGCUCAUUUGUCGCCACCACGUUAAAGCGUCCGCGGCGUCGGCGUCGGCACGUCGCUUCCGUCGGGGCCGUUGACGACGAGAAACGUGACGAUGUUGGGUCCACAGAAGUAUCGCUGGCGCUGUGCGUCAUGUCCAUCGCACUGACCCAUGCGCAUGAUGAAUACCACGUUCGGUUUGUGCGCGAUGGCGUGUACCAAGCGUUGGAAGGGGUUGCCCACGAGCCACCAGUGGCCACCGCCAACACCCACGCAGCUACCCAGCUGUUGGCUACGUACAAGUCUAAUGCGACGACGACCCCCGCGCUGGACGCCCUCGCGGCGUUGGCACGGGACCUGCGCGGGGGGUCGUCCAACGCAGGGGUAGGUGCCGUCGUCUUGCGGCUGGCCGACGUGUUUAGGUCGCCUGACGGCGUGACAUCGUACGAGCUCACGACGAGCGCGGUGGUGCCGGCGUUGGUCGAGUUUAUUCAAGCGUCGACGGAUGACUUUGGCGAGAUGGUUGCGACCAUGUCGGACGUGAGGUGGGUGGUGGCGUUGGUGGCCACUGUGAAAGAGGCGGUGGUUUCGCAGUGGAACCCUUACCACCUAACGCGACCAGGGACAGAUGGGUUGUUUCCAUCCGUGGUGGCCUCGAUGACCACGUCAGGGCGUCCGGUCGCACACGUGAUGAACCUGCUCGCACAGCAUUUGAACGUCCGACUUCAUGUGAACGCUAUGAUGGGAAGCCCCGCGAUCGCCGACACAACAACGACGACGACGGUGGUGCUCGUGGAGCCAUUGGCGCGUGUCGACACGAUGCAAGCGUUUGUCGCUGCCAAAAUGUUUGGCAAAGAUCAGCAUCACCACAAUGAUGAUGAUGACGAAGAAGACGUGACGGAGAUGCAGGAGGGGGAUGGAGAAGACAAGGCCCGGAUUCGUACGACCGUGGACGGACACGUGUUGCCGCCGUCCAUGACCAUCUUGGAAGCGUUGAUUCGCAGCAAAACGUGUGGAUGGACAAAUGAUUACGAGGGGGAUGAGGAUCUGCCGUGGGUGCCCGUCGAGUCGUUGUGGGAUGCGCCGAUGGACUUGACGUUUCACAUGGCGGCCACCACCCCCCCGAACGAAACCCCCACAUUACCCGUGACCAACUGUCAUGACGACGACAAGAAUGCUCGGGGAUCUGUCGUUGACGACUGCUUGGCGUUGCUGGCGUUGCUGUACAAGAUGUCAUUGGUACCCCCCACGGCGUUUGAAUCGCCGGCGUUGGCCAUGCACUUGCAACGCACGUGCUUGAUGCAGCCUCUCGUGGUGGCGCUACAAGCGUUUCCAUGGGCAGUCCGCACGAUCGCGCACUCGUACUCGUUCUUGCUGCCGUUCCAGGCCAAGCUACACCUGAUGUACGCGUCGAGCUUUGGGUCGGCGCGCGCGAUCCAGUACCUGUCGAGGACACUGUGGAAACUUCCAGGCGGACGACGCCCCGACGCGACGGGAAGCCGACGACGGGACGACGCGGCACUUGCCGCCGCCGUGGCGCGCGUGGCUAAGAUACCCCGGCUCAAAGUCCGUGUCGCGCGGUCUAAGUUGCUGCAGUCAGCGAUGAAACUGCUGUCGACGUAUGGCGGCCAGAAAUCCAUCGUUGAGAUUGAGUACUUGGGCGAAGUCGGCACAGGGUUGGGUCCGACGACUGAAUUCUACUCGUUGGUGAGCCAAGCCAUGCAAGCCAAGCAUUUAAACAUGUGGCGCGACGAACAAAGCAGCAGCGCGACGGCCGACGCCGAGUCGGAACCCCCCGCAGCCGCUAUCCCCCCGCAAGAACCCCCCCCCCACCACGCCAUGCCCGUUCGAGGGUUCCAUCGGGUCGUCGUGAUCGUGUGCAACACGUGCGCGCACCUAUCAAUUCCCACUUGUCCGACGCACCAAUGUCUGCUGACUCAACCCAACGACGGUAGCCACAGCAGCAGCUCCACGCCGCCCAGUGGCACUCCCGAGCCCCACUGCCACGCGUGCUCGUUCUCAUGGUCGAUGCAUCAGUGUCGCCAUGCUACCGCCACCUCGCCUUCUCUUUCUGGAAGCCUCGAUACAGAAAAUGGUGGUGGUGGUGCGGCGGCCCCCCAUUCCGUGUCAUGGCGGUGGUGGAUUGUCAGCGACAGCGAAGUCGCGUACUUGUCGCAGGCGUACCCCCGAGGCACCCCCAGUGUCGUGCAUCCGGUUUUGCAGUGUUCGCAUUGCGACACGGUGACGUUCCCGGGCACGGAGGCCGGCCUUGUGACGAUGGUGGACGGUGGUACCCGCAUGGUAGCGCGAACCGGACGGCGCAUGUACGAGCGCGACUACCGCGCCGUGACCAAACACGCGUCGGUGCAUUGCGAAGGCACGCCGCUCACCCAAACCAACGUUGUGCUGUACGAGUUGGACGUGGACACACUCGUGGCCCUCGUCCCCCAAAGCCCGGAAGUACUCGACACUGAAUUGGAUGGACUUGGCAUCACGUCGUCAUUUCACACGGACCUGGACGACGCAGUUGAGGCGCCGCAUGGAUUGUUUCCGCGACCGAUCGACCUCCAUCCUCCAUCCCCCUUAUCCUCCGGUUCCUCGUCGUCUGAGCUCCUCGCGCGGUUUGCAUUUCUCGGCAAGCUGGUCGCCCAGGCACUUGUGGACGAACGCUUGUUGGACUUGCCGUUGGCAGUGCCGUUUUUGCGGUUACUUCGAGGGGAAUCGCUGCACGGCAACAUGGCGUUGGCGCUCGAGCACAUUGCGACCGUGGACCCGCAGCUGGGCCGGUCUCUGCAGUACCUGUACGACCACCGCCACGACGCGAGCAUCGACGAUAUGGGACUCACGUUCGUCUUGCCUCCGUCGUCCAUGCCUCUGUGCGACAAGGGCGCCGACCGACCUGUCACGACUGACAACGUCGUCGAGUUCCUCGACUUGACGGUCACGACCAUGCUGGACACGGCCAUUCGACCGCAAGUCGACGCGUUUCGCGCUGGGUUUGCGUCCAUCGCGCCGCUGCAUGUGCUCACCAUGCUGUCCGCUGCCGACUGGAGCGUCUUGUUGGCCGAUCCGUCGCGACAGAUGUGGCCUGGUGGGGCAGACGAGAUCCGGGCGGCGAUGGUGUGCGACCACGGCUACACGAUGGACAGUCGCGCGAUCGGGUGGCUCGUGGACAUCCUCGCCGAGUUUUCGCCCGACGACCAAAGGUUGUUUGUCCGAUUUGUCACGGGUUCCCACCGUCUGCCCAUGGGGGGCCUCGCCAGACUCGAUCCGGCCCUCACUGUCGUACGCAAGUUGACCGUAGACGACGCGUCGUCCUCCACCGCGAACGAUGCGAUCCUGCCGUCGGCGUCCACGUGCACCAACUACCUCAAGCUUCCGGACUACAGCUCCAAGGACAUCAUGCGCACCAAGCUGCUCUACUGCAUCCACGAGGGCCAGCUCAGCUUUCAUUUGUCCUGACUUGCCCAAAUUCUCCCAUGUGAUUUCUCCAACAAGUCUCACCAUGGUGACCACCACCCCAUUAUUUUGAUAAUAUUCGACGCAUAACUUGAUAGUUGUAUACAUAAUAUCUCACCAUGUGUGGUGUCGAUAUACUAUCGAGAUCCGGCGGCCUUGUUCUUGCAAGAUCCGCCCUACCCCUACGAAA